AUGGCGGACUUCGUCCUGCGCGUCCAGCCGCAGCAGUCCCCGGAGAAGCCCGAGCUCAACGACCAGUACAACCAGGCCCUGGGCCACUUGGGCUACGCCGAUUUGGCGCAGCACACGUCGAGCGACCGCACGGCGGCGGACUCGCGCAUCGGCCUCGCCCUGCUCGAGGAGACGGCGGACGCGGGCUUCGCGCCGGCGCAGUUCGUGCUCGCGCAGCUCUGCGACGGCCGCCGCCGCGACGUGCCGCGCAACGACGAGAUGCAGUUCCGCUGGGCCGAGGCGUCGGCCGCGCAGAACAUGCCCGAGGCGCAGCUCCUGCUGAGCAACCUCUACGUGCGGGGCCGGGGCUGCAGCCCGAACCGCAUCCGAUCCCUCCAGUGGCUCCGGACCGCCGCGGACGCCAAGUACCUCCCGGCGCUCGUCCGCGUCGGCCUCUACUACCUCGAGGACGGCGCCUACCCCGAGGCGGAGCAGUUCUUCCGCCAGGCCCUCGAGUUGCGGGGCGACGACGGCCUCCGCGACGCCGACGCCCUCUACUACCUCGGCCACAUGGUCUGCGAGGGCGCGGGCCGGGGCGGGAAACGGGCGCGAAAGCUCCUCUCUCGGCCGGUUUCCACUCGCACGGGCGGCGUCGCCAAGAACACGGCCGAGGGCCGCAUGCUCCUCCGCGAGGCCGCGGAGCGGGGCCACCACGAGGCCGCCGCGGACCUCGUCGCCACCGCGGCGCCGAAGAAGGGCGGCUUCCUCUGCUGCGCGUCGAGCUCGUCCGCGGCGGCGACGGACUGGAUCGGCCCGACGAUCAACAUGACGGCCAAGGACCGGCUCGUCGUCAUCCGGAGCGACGAGGAGCCCGUCGUCGUGCGGCCCUUCGAGCCCAUGCAGACGCCCGUCGCGACGGCCGUCGUCGCGGACGAGCCCGUCGGCGUCGGCGCGCCCGGCGCGCCGCCGGGCGACAAGGCGGGCCUCCGCGUCGACGCCGUCGGCACGCCCGUGGAGCCGCCGCCGGCGCCACCGCCCGCGCCGCCGGACGACGACCUCGGCGAGUGGGUCACGCGCUUCAACUCCGAGGGCUCGUCCAUGGCCAUGCGGCCCAAGGAGCCCGAGCUCCCGCCGCCGCCGGAAGUGUCGCCCGAGGCCGCCGCGGACCCGACGGCGCUCCUCGAGAACGACCAGGCCAACUGCUUCAUCGACUUCUCCUUCGCCUUCUGCGGCAAGAGCCAGGACAAGCCCGCCGCGCCCGCGCGCACCGCGCCGGAGAACCUCUUCGGCGACAACGGCGAGGACUACGAAGAGACCGACCACCUCGUCGACGACGAGAUCCCCAUGUCCUACCACUGCCCCCUCGUCGGCGUCGACAUCGGUUCGAGCUUGAAAGAGAAAAUCAACAUUCGUCGGCGAUCCUUCGGUCUACGCAACGGGUACUUCGGUUCACAAGCUUAUUCUAAUGUUUCCCGCCUCCGAAGUAAAUUCCGCGGUUACCGCUGCGACUCGCUCCUCCUCGAGCGCCUCGAGGACAUCCGCGCGCGCGGGCUCGAGGACGACGUCGCGGAGAGCCGCGCCGCGCACAUCGCGGCGCAGCUCCAGUGGCCGGCCAAGGCCGGCUCGAGCCAGUUCGCCGUCGACGAGUUCCUGCUCAAGGACCUGUGCAAGCCCCAGGAGUACGCCGACUUCAUGAAGUACGAGCGCACCUUCUACGACGAGUACAAGGUCCACAAGGAGAUCGUCGCCGCGCUCAGCGCCGUCGCCGCGGCCAAGGCCGCGGCGGCGGUGCCGCCCGACGCGCCCGACGGCGUCGCCGAGGCCGCGGCCGACGACGUCGCCGAAGGUCUACGGCUUCUGCGCGUCGUCGACCUGCUUCAGGCCAUGCUAUGGGACUGGUGCCUCUUUUGCGGCGGCCCCUGGCCGCGCAAGAUCCGGGCCGUGGCGAUAGCAGAGGGCGACACGCUGCGCGUGACGGAAUGGCUCAUGGGCCUGACGUGGGCCGCGCUCACGACGAAGCGCGAGCGCGGGAGAAACAAACAGAGCGGACUCAGCGAAGAAGAGCUCGAGGACCUCGCGCCAGCCGUCCUCCACGACCUCGUGGAGAAGGGGGCGACGCAGGUCAAGGCGAAGUAUAGCAAUUCUGAGGGCCUGCGCCGCGAGCAGGUGCGAGCCGUGCUCCUCGUCGCGUUCGGCGUCGAGACGCCGAAUACGUACCGCAACAGCUACAGCAACGGCACGCGCCCCGAAGUCCUGGCCUCGAAGCUCAACGAUGCCAUGCGGGAGGAUCCCGGCGCCGUCGCGCGGGCGCUCGAGGAGUGCCGCCAGGCGGGAUGGUCGCCCGCGAACGAGUCCGCGGAGGCGCCCGGCUACUGCUACUGCGGCGAGGGCGAGUUCGGCGACAUGGUCGCGUGCGACGCCAACAAGGCGUGCCCGCACGGGGGCUGGUUCCACGUCGACUGCCUCAAGGCGGCGGGCGACGCCGCGCCGCCGCCGGCGGACGACGAGGCCUGGUUCUGCUGCGGCUGCCGCGCGGCGCUCGAGCACGGCGCGGCGCUCGAACACGGCGCGGCGCCGGCGAGCGAUCCCGCCGCGGCGCCGGCGUCGUCGUACCUCCGCCGCGACUACGCGCCCGCCGUCGCGCCGGAGCGGCCGGCCCCGGCGGCGGGGCCGCCGCGCGAGCCCGAGAAGUCGCAGUACGAGCCCGCGGCGAAGCGCGCGAAGCGCGACGUGGCGGCGGCGGAGCGCGAGAAGGCCGACGCGGCGGCCGUCGUGCCCGCGCCGGACGGCCCGGGCGCGCCGGACGGCCCGGGCGCGCCGCCGGUGCCCUUCGGCGACCCGCGCGUCGUCGCGUCGGAGCGGCCCGCCGCGUAG